AUGCAUUUUCAAAAAUCUUUACCUCGACUACCAAUUCCAGCAUUAAAUAAUACUACAGAUCGUUAUUUAAACGCGUUGCGACCAUUGUUAAACAAUGAAGAAUACUCUAAAGCUACUAUGAGAACUAAUAAAUUUUUGAAUAAUGAGGGCAAAAUAUUACAAUCUAAACUUAUUGCAAAAGACAAAACUAAUAAACACACCAGUUAUAUAUCAGAUUAUUGGUUUGAUUUCUAUCUUAAAGAUCGUUCUCCUCUCCCAAUUAAUUAUAAUCCUUUAUUGGUUUUUAAUAAUGAUAUUAGACCAGAGUAUAAUAAUCAGCUUAUAAGAGCUACAAAUUUAUUAUUAAGUGCCAUCAGAUUUACUUUGUCACUGAGAGAAGAAAUCUUAGAGCCUGAAGUGUAUCAUUUAAAUCCCCAAAAAAGCAAUACACCAUUGUUCAGAACUGUCACUGGCCUUUUACCUGAAAGUUUGUCAUGGUAUGGAGCUUAUUUGUUUAAAGCAUUUCCAUUAGACAUGAGUCAGUUUAAUGGUUUGUUUAAUGCAACUCGAAUACCUUUGUUAAACAAAGAUAAAAUCUUCAGGGAUCCCACUUGUAAUCAUGUAGUUGUACAGAAGGGUGGAAAUUUUUAUACCUUUGAUGUCUUAGACUCUGAUGGCAACCUCCUGCCACCUACUGAAAUACUUGGAAAUUUAUCUAAAAUCCUAAACGACAAUUCUCCACAAGCCUCAUACCCUCUUGGAGUGUUGACAUGCCAGAACCGAGACACAUGGGCUAAGCAAAGAGCUCAUUUAGAGGAAACUGGAAAUAGUGAAGUUUUAAAGAAAAUUGAUUCUGCAAUCAUCAAUUUAAUUUUAGAUGACACUAUAAUUGGUGAUAAUAACUACAAAUUAUUGGAGGAGUAUUUGCAUUCAGAUGGGUUAAAUAGGUGGUUUGACAAAUCAUGUAGUCUUAUCGUCACUAAAGAUGGUACAUCAGGUGUUAAUUUUGAACAUUCAUGGGGUGAUGGUGUGGCUGUUCUAAGGUUCUUUCAAGAUAUCUAUCAAGAAACUACUACCAAACCAUUUAUCCAUCCCGACAGCAAGCCGUCUGAUAACCAUAUAACAGUUAAACAAUUAGAAUUUAAUAUAGACGAUAAAACGAAAAGCUUUGUGGACAAUGCCAAGAAGGAAUACAAGGACUGGUGUGAUUCUUUAAGCAUUGAUUACAUUUUAUAUGAAGGUCUGACAAAGGGAGCUUGUAAAAAGUUCAAAGUAAGCCCCGAUUGCAUUGUGCAGCUCUCUUUUCAGGCUGCGUAUCACCUCCUGCAUAACAAAUAUGUAGGCACUUAUGAGUCCUGCAGUACAUCCGCAUUCAAGCACGGUAGAACUGAAACUAUGAGGCCUUGCACAGAAAAUACUAAGACAUUCUGUGACAAGCUCCACUCGAACAAAUCUUCAAAAGAAGAGUUGCGGUCGAUUAUGCAAGAGUGUUCUUCAGCGCACUCAGAGCUGGUGAAGCAAGCGGCUAUGGGGCAGGGCUUCGACCGUCACAUGUUUGCUUUAAUGAAAAUAGCUGAAGAAAAUAACAUGCCGAGACCAGAAAUAUACGAUUCCUAUGAAUAUAAGUUCCUAAACAAAUCAAUUCUAAGUACGAGUACUCUAGCUGCACCGAGUAUGUACGCUGGUGCCUUUGGGCCUGUCACUAAAGAGGGUUUUGGUAUCGCAUAUACAGCAUUUCCGGACAAAUUCGGAGUAGCCAUCACAAGCUACAAGGCUCAUAACAGCAGUACAGAAUUCGUUAAAGCCUUAAACAAGUCAUUUGUUGAUAUUACGCAAAUUUUAACUAGU